AGGCAUCCUGGGGAGAACUGCAGCAUCAGGGGGGACUGGGCCUUAUGGUCCUGUCUAAGGUUUUGUUCUUGCCUCCUCUCCCUAGCGUUGUGGGAAUGGGUGCCUAUUAUGUUCGCGCAUGGCAUCUUGGGAGUUGGUUGCUGUGGGCUCAUGACACUGUGGGGUCUCCGGCACCGUUUGCGUUAUGGUAGUGAGAGAACCUCAUUUAUGCCCCUCUAAGAUCGUAGAAGCCUGUCUGGCCGCCAUGUUCACUGUAGGUAUGGGACUUGGGCACCAAGGACUACCUCCAUUCCUGACAUCUGGAAUACUCUGGAAGGGGCUUUGUGUGAUGUGGGCUUGGGGAAGGGUAGGCUGCACUGGUGAGCAAAGUCUCCUGCUAAUCCCAUAGGAAGUUCUGAUUGUCCCUGGUGUAUGGUUGCCAGUUAUAAUAUAGAACGCCCAGUUAAAUUUGAAUUUCAGGUUAACAACAAAGAACUAUUUAAUAUACCCAUGUUCCAUGCAGUAUUUGAGGUGUACAUUUCUAAAAGACUCUAUCUGGAAUUCAAAUUUAACUGGGUAUUGUAUACUUUUAUUUACUAAAUCUGGCAACCUAUCCUAGCAUAAAGUAGAGUUCCUAAAUUAAAUGGAGCCCUAUAGGCAAUAGGGUAUUAUGAGAACUCUCCUCUGCCAGUUAUGAAUCCUCUCUGUCCUUAAAGCCCAAUCCAAGUGUCUUUAGAAAGCUCACCUGCCAUUGAUGCCAGCUUUCCCAUGCCCCAGCCUCCUCCAGGCUUCAAUCCUAAUCUUUUUCUCUUUAGUCCCUGGUAUUAAACUCGACCCCUAGAGUUUGAAGGGAAUCAUGCGUUUUCCACCAUAUUAGCCAGUGCCCAGCACAGGCCUUGGUAUAUAAGAGGUGCCGCUGAGGCUGCCAGCCCCUUCAUAACUUGCUCUGCCUGGCUCUCUACUCUCAGGGAGCACAGUGGGAGAAAAAGAAGUGCUGUGUGUGUGUGUGUGUGUGUGUGUGUGUGUCUGUGUGUGUGUGUGUCUGUGUGUGUGUGUAGGGAGUAUUGAUGAAGAGGGAGAGAAAGGAGAGGAGUCAGGGAAGGCUUCUUGGAAGAGGCAGAGGUGGUGUUUGGCUGAGGAGAAGUAUAGAGGUUCUUGUGUUUGAGGUGGGCUUUGGAGAGAGAGUAAGAGUUCUCCAGGCAGACAUGGGGGAAGGAGCACAUUCUAGACAGCAGUUGUAGGAUUUACUAAGACCCACAGAUGUGAAAAGUCCUGUUGUGCACAGGGAGAGGUGAGAAGUCUGGAAUGGUGGGGGUUUAUAGAGGGCUGGGGUUGCGGGUAGUAAUAGCCACUGCUAAUGGAGUACCUGCCACAUACCACCAAUUUAUAUCAACGAGCCUACUGAAUCUUCAAAAACUCUUUUCCGCUGAAGGAUCAUUUUAUGAGAGCAUCCCUCUCUACCUGCUGACAUCCUGCAUCAGAGGACUCGUGGCCGACGUGUGGCUGUGGAAAGCUGGCCAGGGAGGGACACUGCCCAGCUGCUGCUCCGCUCCUGUCUCCUGUCCCCUCCCCUGGCCAUGACAGAAACCCGUGAGCCAGCUGACACUGGAGGCUACGCCAGCCUGGAGGAAGACGAUGAGGACCUCUCUCCAGGCCCCGAGCAUUCCUCUGACUCCGAAUACACUCUCUCAGAGCCGGACUCCGAAGAGGAAGAAGAUGAGGAGGAGGAGGAAGAGGAGACCACUGAUGACCCCGAAUAUGACCCCGGCUACAAGGUGAAGCAGCGCCUGGGGGGGGGCCGGGGGGGCCCAUCCCGCCGGGCCCCCCGUGCAGCCCAGCUCCCGGGCCCCCCAGCCCAGCCCUGCCAGCUCUGUGGCCGCUCCGCCCUUGGGGAGGCCCCACCGGGCACCCCACCUUGCCGGCUCUGCUGCCCCGCUACAGCCCCCCAGGAAGCGCCAGCUCCUGAAAGCAGGGCCCUCGGGGAGGAAGAGGAGGAGCCGCCUCGGGCUGGGGAGGGCCGACCAGCUGGGAGGGGGGAGGAGGGGGAGGGGGAGGAGGAGGAGGAGGAGGAGGAGGGCGGCGCCUACCACUGUACCGAGUGCGAGGAUUCCUUUGACAACCUCGGGGAGCUGCACGGGCACUUCAUGCUGCAUGCCCGGGGUGAGGUGUAGGGAGCGCCCAGACCUAGGGAGCUUGGCAGAGGGGUG